CGGAACCGGAAGUGGACCCCGAGCCGGGAGGAGGAAGCAGCGUCGGACCCGUCAGCAGCCGGCGGUCUCGAGGGGCGGCGGCCGCGCUGCUCGCUGCUCGCCGGUCGGUCGGGCGGGCGGCCCCGGCGGCGCCAUGAAGCUGUUCAGCCUGAGCGUCCUGUACAAAGGCGACCCCAAGGCGGUGCUGCUCAGCGCCGCCUACGACGUGUCGUCCUUCAGCUUCUUCCAGCGGACCAGUGUUCAGGAAUUCAUGACCUUCACCAGCCAGCUGAUUGUGGAGCGCUCGGCCAAAGGCAGCAGAGCUUCCGUCAAGGAGCAAGAAUACCUGUGCCACGUCUACGUGCGGAACGACAGUCUUGCGGGAGUGGUCAUUGCUGACAGCGAGUACCCGUCCCGGGUGGCUUUCACCUUGCUGGAGAAGGUGCUGGACGAUUUCUCCAAGCAGGUGGACAGGAUCGACUGGCCGGUCGGAUCCCCUGCUACCAUCCACUACACAGCCCUGGAUGGCUACCUUAGUACCUACCAGAAUCCCCGAGAAGCUGACCCCAUGAGUAAAGUGCAGGCUGAACUCGAUGAGACCAAGAUCAUUCUGCACAACACCAUGGAGUCCCUGUUAGAGCGAGGCGAGAAGAUAGACGACCUGGUGUCCAAGUCCGAAGUGCUGGGAAUUCACUCUAAAGCCUUCUACAAAACAGCCCGGAAGCAAAACUCGUGCUGUGCAGUCAUGUGACCGUCGCCCGCAGGGCCCCCUUGCUGCAGUCCCCGUCAUUCCAUCAGAACCGUGGCUUCCGGAGACGCCUCGGCCACGGCCAGACCAGAGCACGGUCACCGUUCACUGGAGCUCCUGGAAGCGCCGAGGCAGCGGAGGGACCUGGGCUGGGGAAUGUUCAAAUUCAUAUUUCUGGUAAUUUUUGAAAAGACAAUUUGAGGUCCUCAGAGGUGUUUUGGGCCAAAUGAAACCGUAAACACUCCAUGACUCCUGCAGAUGCCCCAGGGCUCUAGUCUAACCUGUCUGUUUUGGUCCUCAGCAGCCUUUGGGUUUUACUUGCACAUCAACUGUGUUAACGCUUCAGUGCGGGGGUUCUCAAUCCACAGGGCUAGGGGUGGCAGAGCGCACACUGGGUUCUCCUGGGAAAGCCGCCCAGGGUCACGGGGGUGGGGGCAAGCAGGGCCAGGAGGAGACAGCCCGUGGGAUUCACAAGUUCUGAGCCACGGUUUGCAUUUCUGCUGAGACUGACUUCCACUGACGCCAUGGAGGUGGUGCAGGGGGCGGGGCACCUGUCUGACCUGCAGUUUGGCCUUGAACCUGGAUCCCAGGCAUGGGCCUCUGGCAGCAAAACUGUAUAGGCAACCGCCUGGGCCUGCGUGUCUUAGCAAGUGGCCUUCCCGUGGCCACUGUUACUGGGCAUCAAGAGCAGGUGCCAGCCAACCAAGGACCCAGCACCCCACUUGUCUGAGUGUGGCAGCCCCCCAUCCCUCCUGACCCCCCAGCCCCCCAUCCCUCCUGACCCCCCAGUCGCCCCAUCCCUCGUGAUCCCCCAGCCCCCCAUCUCUCGUGAUCCCCCAGCCCCCCAUCCCUCCUGACCCCCCAGCCCCCCAUCCCUCCUGACCCCCCAGCCCCCCAUCCCUCCUGACCCUCAGCAGCAGGAAACCAGGCCGCACAGCAGCCAAGGCGAUGGCCCAGUAGGGCCUGGGUCGUGCUGCCCUGUCCACACUGCCUCCUCGCUCUGCGUGCCACCUGUGGACGAGGCGCCCUUGCUGGGGUGGCGUCAGUGUGGUCUCACCGGGGGUCCUUCCUCGGGUGCUGGGUCUUGUCCGGCCCGAAGGUCCCACUCACCCAGCAGGAAGUGCCGCAGCCCCAAACCUCGCUUGGGCCAGAGGAUGGGAUCGGUGUGGCUCCUGAGCACCUGCCCCAACAGGUGCACCUGCCGGCUGCCUUUCCCCGGCACUGCUGGCCUCCCUGAGGUAGCUGUCUGUCCGUGUGACCUCUCCUGGACCCUGCCUUAGGGUGCAGGCCCAUCCUAUUCGUGGCCUCUGAGUUGGCUGUGACUCCACUUAGGACAGUUAGGUCAUGGAUGAUGGGGAGGACCUGGGUGUGGGUGGAUUUGGGAAGAGGGAGGGUGGCUGGCGGAGGCCCUGUGCCCGUGUGCUCCCUGUUCAUGUCAUCGGCUCAGAGUGUAUUUUAAUCGCUGCCUAACUUUUCUUGUGUUGUUUGAGAGAUUCCUAUCUGGAUAAAGUUGUCUUUUGAAAUUCCCAAAA